UUGACUGAUAUGCAGCUGGCAGCAGGCGCCAUGGUGUGUGCCCCGACGUCACUGGCGAUGCUGCUGCUGCUCGUGGCCGGGGUGCCCGUGCGGCCGGUCGCGGCGCGCAAGGGCCACCAGCACCAACAGCAACAGCACCACCGGCCCGACCCGCUGCUGGUGCACACGGCCAAGGGCCCCGUCCGCGGACUGGCCGCCGAGUCACCCACGGGCAAGCCGGUCGACGUCUUCUACGGCAUUCCGUACGCAAAGCCGCCCGUGGGCCGCUACCGGUUCCGGCACCCAAAACCAAACGACCCGUGGAAAGGCGUCCUGGACGCCACCGUCAAGCCCAAGUCGUGCUUCCAGACGGUGGACACCUUCUUCGGUGACUUCCGUGGCAGCCUUAUGUGGAACGCCAACACCAACAUGAGUGAAGACUGCCUGACGCUGAACGUGUGGGUCCCCCGGCCUCGGCCCAACGCCAGCCACCCGGCCGCCGUGCUGGUGUGGAUCUACGGCGGUGGAUUCUACAGCGGCACGUCGACGCUAGACGUGUACGAUGGUCGCACGCUGGUGGCCGAAGAGCGCGUGGUGCUGGUGUCCAUGAACUACCGCGUCGCUUCGCUGGGCUUCCUCUGCCUCGACCACCCGGAGGUGCCUGGCAACGCGGGCCUCUUCGAUCAGCUCAUGGCGCUGCAGUGGGUGCAGGAAAACAUCGCCGCGUUCGGCGGCAACCCGCGCAACGUCACCCUGUUCGGCGAGAGCGCCGGCGCGGUCAGCGCCAGCAUGCACCUGCUCUCACCACUCUCCAGGGACCUCUUCUCGCAGGCGAUCCUCCAAAGUGGCACGGCCAUCGCCCCAUGGGGCGUGCACGAUCGGCACACGGCGCUGCAGUCGGCUCUCCGGCUGGCCGAGACGCUGCACUGCCCGCACGACGAGCGGCAGCUGGAGGCUAUGCUGGCUUGCCUGCGCGAGCAGGACCCCGAGAUGAUCGUGAACAGCGAGACGGGCAACUUCGGCGUGGUCGAGUUCCCCUUCGUGCCGGUCGUGGACGGCGCCUUUCUGGACGAGUCACCACAGGAGUCGCUGGCGGCGCGAAACUUCAAGAAGACCAACCUGCUGCUGGGCUCAAACCGCGACGAGGGCACCUACUUCCUCAUCUACUACCUGACCGAGCUGUUCCGACGCGACGAGUCGGUCUACCUGGGCCGCGAGGACUUUGUGCGCGCUGUGCGCGAGCUGAACCCGUUGGUGGGCGAGCUUGCGCAGCAGGCUAUUAUGUUCCAGUACACGGACUGGCUGAACCCGGAGGACCCGAUCAAGAACCGGGACGCCGUGGACAAGAUAGUGGGCGACUACCACUUCACGUGCUCGGUGGUGGAGUGGGCGCACCAGUACGCGCUCUCGGGGUCGCAGGUGUACGCGUACUACUUCACGCACAGGUCGUCGGUGAGCGCCUGGCCGCAGUGGAUGGGCGUCAUUCACGGCGAGGAGAUCGCCUUCCUGUUCGGCGAGCCGCUCAACAAGUCGCUCGGCUACCGGCCGGACGAGCAGGCGCUCAGCCGACGCAUGAUGCGCUACUGGGCUAACUUCGCGAAGACAGGGAACCCCAGCCUGUCCGAGGAGGGCCACUGGGAGCGCAUCUAUUGGCCCGUGCACACAGCGCACGGCAAGGAGUACUUGACGCUGGCCGUCAACUCCAGCCUGGUGGGAUACGGCCACCGGGCAAAGUAUUGUGCCUUCUGGCAACAGUUUCUACCUCGCCUCGUCAAUCUCUCCGAAAACCAGCCCAACAUGUCGGCCACCUGCACGAGCGAGGCGUCCUCUGUGCGGGAGGUCUCUGGGUGGACGCUGCUCCUGUUGACACUGCCUACGGCGCUGCAACUCCCGCCGCUGCUGCUGUCCCUGCUACCUCUGCCCCUGGCGGCGGCGGACGCAACUCUCGCAGCGGCGGCGGCGGCGACCACAUCCACAACCCUGUUCCCUCGCCGUAGGAUAUGGUGCUAACUGUUUACGCGCGGGGGGGGGCACGACACCUCGCAGACACUGCUCGCCGAGCGCAGACAACAACUCAACGUCAACCGGUACACGUCGGCUAUAGGUCGCCCUACCGGUGCGUGUUCACCCAGUGCGAUACCCUUGCGUCUCCCGACAAUACGUGGACCCUUUGGUUUGUGUUCAUUUGCGUUGCUCUUCGGCGGGACGUCACAUUGCGAGCUCGUUGCGAGUCCGGCCUCAGCCGACCUGCUGCUGGUCCAGACAAGCACUCGAUUCAUCGCCCUUGAUGACCAGCGUCGCUGCACCACCGAGCAUCACGCACACGAAAGCGGAUCAGCUGACUGCAGUCGCAGUCGGCUUCGCCGUUCGUGGACCUGCUGUGGAUAGGCUGUGGAUCGUUUGUCUGCCUUGCGUAUUCUUUCGUUCAUUUAUGUCAUUCGUAUUUUUUUCUACCAUUCUGCUUAGCUGGGCAGCAAAGUAUGUUCACAACUCGUGGCUGAGGAAUGCCUCGACAGACGCUGAAAACGGCUGGUGACUUGUUUAUCGCUUCACAAUCACGAUGACCUCAGUCAGAUUCUUCGCUCGCUCCCCAAGAAUAUUAUAGUUCGGAAGUUGCCUCUUCGCUAAAAGGAAAAAAAAAAGAAUUGAUUUGUGGGGUUUAACGUCCCAAAACCACCAUAUGAUUAUGAGAGGCGCCGUAGUGGAGGGCUUCGGAAAUUUCGACCACCUGGGGAGGAAAAAAAAAAGAAUUAUGCUUAUACCAGUUUCAAUAAGUCUUCGUUCAGGUGGCAUAUUGCGUACUAAGCAUCAUAAUUGGCCUGCGUAUGCAAACGCGCUUUAGCUGCAUUUGAGGAAAUCUUUAUAGGGACAAACAACUAGCGCGUUUGAGCUUCGUCAAAUACAUAAGUACGUUUCAGGAACGACGAUCAGGCUGUUACGUUCCGCAGAAAUGGUCUUAACACUGACUCAAGCGAUGUGACUUUGCUGACUUUUUCGAAGUAUGACUCCGCUCUGAUUCUUUCAAAAGCGCGUCAGCUGUCAAACGAAAAUCGGUAAGUAGCUCAACCUGUACAAACCACAGGAUUUUCCGCUGCAUCAAUGGCUACGCAUCAAGCUUUCGAGGACAAAAUUUAUCAGUAAUACUCAACCAGUUUGGCUGGUUUCGUACUGUAGCAAUAAAUACCCACCUGCAGUUGAUAUAGCACCCUAUGCAUUUACGCAAGACUAAGUACAACACGUAUGUUGUCGAGGUUAAGAGCAUUUUAAUUGCGUUGGCUUUAUGAUAUUGGCUUACCGCACGGACGUUACACGGUUGUUCAUUGUGACGCUUCUAUAGCUUGGAACCGCUUCUGGCUACAUUCAAACAACAACUGCAUUUGCGGACACCCAGCUUCCGUCUUACGCGGUCAUCACUCUCGCUUUAAUUAGCAUUCGUUUAAUAACCAUCGCUUUAUUAAAUAGUCGCGCCGCAUGUUCACCGAUUGUUGCCCUCUUUUAGAAACACUGCCCAACUCCACCGCACUCUUUAACUCUUCGAGGAAUCAGAGAUGCCGCAGCCACCUCGUCAUAAGCCAAUCUCGGCUGACGUUAUCGGAUAGACCGAGUGUUCUGCAAUUCCUUCCCCGGAUAUCGGCGCAGCCCUUAGCGAAGAGCAGUGAAAGACCUGGCGUAGGAAAGCAGGUCGGUGAACAAGCACAGCCGCCUUAGUGAUGACAGUCAGUGAGUGGAAGCGAGGAGAGAGUGUCCGCAACAGACUUGGCUGAAGAUCAACACUUGAUAAUAACUUGUCGCCAAUUAAAAUGUGACGUACGUUAGCGCCCACACAUUGUUUUCAUAUAUAUCUAUCUAUAGUUCGUUUUCGUUUUGUGUUCUUCAAGGCCUGACGCGUCUGUCGGCGUACCCGCGGUGUCUAUGCAUGCUCCCAAGCUCGCCGUAAUCAACUCGCUGUGUGGCCGGCGUUGACCGCCCACCAGGAGUUGUUCAAACUUCUUCCACUGUUCGCCGGACGGGUCCUUUUAUGCCAUUCAC